AUGGAACUUUUUCCAAAGGUGACAAUCUUUAUGACACCAGGAUGGGGUGAGAAAGAUGAGACUGAUACAGGCCUCGGUUUUUGUGGAUGGAUCCUGGUGAUCACUUCACUUUUUUUCACUAUUAUUACAUUUCCUGUAUCAAUCUGGAUGUGCAUAAAGAUUAUAAAGGAGUACGAGCGAGCCAUCAUAUUCAGACUUGGACGCAUCUUAAAAGGAGGAGCAAAGGGACCAGGUUUGUUUUUUGUCCUGCCCUGCACAGACAGCUUCAUCAAAGUUGAUAUGAGGACCAUCUCUUUUGAUAUUCCUCCCCAAGAGAUCUUGACCAAGGACUCUGUGACAGUUAACGUAGACGGAGUGGUUUAUUACAGAGUUCAGAAUGCCACCCUUGCUGUAGCAAAUAUCACAAAUGCUGACUCAGCCACCCGUCUUUUAGCACAGACUACUUUGAGGAACGUUCUGGGGACCAAAAACCUUUCUCAGAUUCUCUCUGAUCGUGAAGAAAUUGCACACAGCAUGCAGGCCACUCUUGAUGAGGCAACGGAUGACUGGGGCAUUAAGGUGGAACGUGUGGAGAUCAAGGAUGUGAAAUUACCUGUUCAGCUGCAGCGAGCAAUGGCUGCAGAAGCAGAAGCUGCCCGGGAGGCGAGAGCUAAGGUAAUUGCAGCAGAGGGUGAAAUGAACGCCUCCAGGGCCCUAAAGGAGGCAUCCAUGGUUAUUACGGAGUCCCCUGCUGCUCUUCAGCUUCGUUAUCUUCAGACCCUGACCACCAUUGCUGCGGAGAAGAACUCCACCAUCGUCUUCCCGUUGCCCAUAAACAUGCUGCAGGGUCUCAUAGGUGCAAAUCCCUAGGUGGAGGGGGAGGAGAGGGGGCUUCUGCUACAGCAAACGUUGACAACACUGCAUUCCCUGUGUGCUGUCGCUUACAGCGGUGUUAACAAAGCGAAUUUGCUGGGGAACCUCUUCUGUUAUACUAAGUGUGUUACAAAACUUAUCUGUAGCGUUUGUGAAUAUGAAUGUUUGAAAUUGAAAACCUUUCAAGAUAAUUACAAGCAGAUUGUGAUCUUAAAUCAGCACAUACCCAUGCUCUCCUGGGUGGGACACCUUUAAUCUGCAACCUCCCCUUUCAGAUAGUAUUUAAACUCAGCUGUGAUGAAGGUGAGAUGAUCCAACAUCAGGAAAGAGAAAUAUUCCCUUUAAUUAAUGGGUCUGUAGUCCUGCAAGGGAAGGGGAGUUGUAUUGGAGUCGUGGGACUGCUGUUGUGUGGAUCAUCCUCUAGUUUACCCAAGGAGAAGUAACAGCAGUUGAUGCAGGAGUGAGAAUACUGUCCUGGUACUCCCCCAAAUAGUCCCCAUUUCACGAGAAGCACUUGGCAGUGACACUUCCCACCACUGUCUGCCACGUGGAAAUGGCAUGAACAGGCAAUAGCUGUGGAUACAGUCUGCUGGCAGUCACCGAGGGGCUGCGCUGUUGUUACAGUGCUGUGCCUGUAUAGAUUUAAAAGUUGUUGGGUCUGCCUCUCUCAAAAA